UGUCGACAUGUCAGUACCUUGUUUUGUAUUUUUGAAUUAUUUGUUUGACUAUUGUCAACUGCGAAAAACAAGUGUUUAUGGCAUUGUAGAGCUGGUCGGAAUCGACUCAGGCAACUAUGCCUCAGACAACUGGCGCUGAGAGCGCUGCUCUGAUCAAUGAAGUAUCACCAGAGACGAGGUCGAAAAUACGAGUCAUCCACAUCCUCCUGACGCUCUUCACUAUUGGUGUUGUACUUACAACUGUGAUCAGCGCGGUCAUUUUCCACACGGACCAGAACAGUCUAGCCGCCAAUGCGUUCUUUGCCACAACGCUUAGCCUCAUUGUCAUCUCCCAGGGCUUCAUGUUGUUCUGGUAUUUUCGCGGCGAUCUUGACCCCAAGUUCCGCUACUACCUGUAUUACGCUGCCUUCAGUACUUUACUGAUCUGCAUUGCUGGCAAUCUCUUCUAUCACCUGCCUGUGGCUUGUGAGAAGACAUGCCCGACAUGCGCGCCACCUCCCGCGCCCCAAGCACCAACCCACUCUCCGGCAAGCACGCAUCCUCCGGUCACACCUGCUGGCCAGUUAUGAUGAGCACCUUUUGAGCUUUUGGAAGCACGCGACUCGAUGCCGGACGCUGUACAUACUUGCUCUCUGUCUCCAGACCCGACCCCGGCCCGUAGUGUUGGGAAACCGGCACCUCGCCCAGGUCUCGAUACAUUGCCAAGCCCACCGCUGUUCAUAUGUACUAGUAUGAGACGUACAACAUUCUCCAUGCUGGCAUGAAAAAUGAUGUAUAAUGCAAUGCUCAGAUUUCUAUUUUUACCCCCAGUUUCCCAACACAGAUAUUCUAUGACAAGAAUCAGACUUUUAAGAAGUAUUAGUUGGCUGCUCCAAGACUUUUUUUAUUAUGUGACUUCUGCUGAUGUAAGCCAAGGCCACUAUUUGUGUUUGUUCCGUGAGGCAUUCACCUGUGUUUGUUUCUGCGGCUUGAUUCCGGGCAUGUCUGGCCCGGGUGUGUUACCGAAAUGUGUCAGUGUGAUCGUGCCUCUGUGUGUGUGUGUGUAUGUGUGUGUGUGUGUGCGCGCGCGUGUGGUUCCCAGCCAGUUUGAGCAAUUGCACAAUCCUGUCCUGGUUGGCCAUACCGUACUCUAUUAUGCUCUGCAUGCUCUCUUUGCCGCUCAUCGUAAGCCAUGAUCAUGCGCCUGUCAAAGUUUGUUCUUCUUGUUCAUGCAUUCAAUCCGCUAUUUGCUUGAGGAGUCUGUGUGCUCACUACUGUCAUGUAGAAGACAUG